AUGGCGCCCCCUUCAUCAAUCAUGCGGCUGUUCAAGACCGAUAAAAACCUCAAGCUCAUCUCCAAAGCCGACCGGCCCACCCCACGACCCAAGGGCCAAAAAGUCUCGCCCGAGGAGCUCCGGCGUGUGCGCGAGAUGAUGCGCCAACGGUACACGCUGGACCUGGAGAUCUGGGGUCUACGCAAUGUCCGUAACCACAACAGGGAGAUUGUCGAGGACAAGAUGCGCCGUGCCGACGCCCUGCUGGCCUGUAUCCGCGCCACCGUCACCGCCAUGGACGGCCGUGACUACUUCUCCAGGGACGACGAUUACCAAAAGCUGCGCGAGAUCAAGGCCCGUGUCAUGGUCGGGGGGAGGAACUGGAUGCAGAACCCGCCGUGGAAUGAGGACUGA